AUUUAACUGGCCUGUUCAUGGUUAAGUUCAUGGAUUAGGAAACAGCCUACAAGAUCAGCAGCAGGGGAGAAGCAGAGCAUACGAGGCAUUGAUUGAGACAACGCCAUUUUGUACGGUCGUUCUGGCUGCUGCUGCAUGCAAUUCUCCAAUGAUCGUUGACGCGUCGAUGUUCUGCCUCGUGUUUGGCCGCGAUCGUGGUUCGUUCAAGAGCACAGAAAGCUAGCCCAAUGUUAUGUUUGAGUGGGGAAGUAACCUUGCGCCAGUUCGAGUCAGUCAGACAGCAGCUCCCUCACAAACCCUGGCUCGGGUUUGUUUUCGGAAUCCGAGAAACUGUUCGAAUGCGUUGUUGUCUCAGAAAUUACCCCUCUCGUUUUUUCUGUGGACUGAGCUCCGCCUCACCCCAGUCGCUCCUUUCAGCGAAGGCUCGCCCGGCCGCCGGUUCCGGACCUGCAGCAACUCCUGUCGCCCAUCUCCCGCCACCAUCCUCGACCUGCUCACGGAAGGACAAACAAAGCCACAUGCAAAGUCCCGCACAAAUGGCCCACAACGAAGUCUUCCAAUACUCCAUCAUCUCGGCGCUCAUGGACGGCGUCGCCUCGCACGGCACGCCGAUCGCGCGGGUGCUCGAGCACGGCGACCACGGGCUCGGCACGUUCCGCAACAUGGUGGGCGAGAUGAUCGUGCUGGAUGGCCAAGUCUACCAGAUGAAAGCGGACGGCUCCGUGGUGCACAUCGCCGACCCGGAGGCGACGGUCACGCCUUUCGCCACCGUGACGCGCUUCCGUCCGACGACGGCGACGCGGGCGACGGUUGUCGGAAAGGCCGGCGUGGAGGCCCUGCUUACCGGCCUGUUUCCCCAGGCGCGGAAUCACUUCAUUGCGGUGCGGAUGGAUGGCGUGUUCCGGACGGUCAACGUCCGGACAGCGGGCGGACAACUCAGACCCAGGGAGGGCAUGGUCGAUGUAUGCGCGAGGCAGACGACGCAUACGUUUGAGGGAGUCAAGGGCACGAUUGUCGGGUUCCGGUGUCCGGAGUAUGUGAUGGGGAUUAAUGUGGCGGGCGAUCACUUCCACUUUAUCAGCGAGGACAGGCAAAGAGGAGGGCACAUCCUGGCGUUUGAGACGGAGGGGGAUGUGGACAUUGGAGCUGCGCAAAUGUCCAAGUUCCAUCUGGAGCUGCCGACGGAAGACGAGGAAUUCAACGAGGCCACGUUGAAGCUCCAGGCGCAGCGCAUCAAGGCAGUGGAGGGUUGAAGUUGAGCCACUGAGUCGGGCGUGGUGUGACCCAAAGUUAUCAAUUACUCUGUUUACCCAUUCCACGCUCUG